UCUUUGUGGACAAGUCGAUGAAGGGUUUGUGAUUGUGGCAGUGAGAUAAGACGUGCCCUUUCAUCCCCUACACAUACGCCAUCUUUUUAUAUCUCAAUUUCACUCCAAUUAAUGGGUUGUUGUUGCGACGAAGACGACGGUGACAUUUUCCGGCAACUCAUCAAUUCCAAUUUCUCCUCUUCGUCCUCAUCCACCGCUACCGUCACCGUCACCACCACUGCCACCACUGUGAUCUCCCCCAUGAAUUCCCAUUUCCCGGCACUCUCCUCCACCGACAUCCUCCGCCUCAUCUUCCAGAACCUUCCGAUCCCCGAUCUCGCCCGUGCCAGCUGCGUCUGCCGUCUCUGGAACUCCGUCGCCUCCCAGAGGGAGAUGCUCACCAGAGCCUUCGUCGCCCCUUGGAAAUUGAAUGACGUUAUCGGCGACCCGCUCUCUGGAAGCUUCUGGAGAGACAAUUCUCUAGCCAAAUUCGCCAUCUCCCAUCACAUUUGGCGCGGCGACACCGUCGCUAGCCUCGCCGUCAAGUACUCUGUUCAGGUAAUGGGCAUAAAGCGCCUGAACAACAUGAUAAGCGACCAUGGCAUAUACUCAAGGGAAAGGUUAUUGAUCCCUAUUAGUAAUCCUGAUAUUCUGAUCAACAGAACAUGCUUUAUUGAGCUGGAUGUCUAUGCAAAACGAGAAGUAGCAGUGCUGUAUCCUAAUGAUGUACCAGACACGAGGACUACCUAUGUGUCAAACAGAAUUUCCUCAGAAGAAAGCAACAAAAGGGUGGUUGAUUCCUUGAAGAGAAGCAUGCAUGUUGAUAAUGAAACAGCUCAAUAUUACUGGUCUGUUUCAAAUGGUGAUCCACGAGCGGCAUUUGCCGAAUUUUCUGCAGACCUUAACUGGGAUAGGCAAGCAGGGCAUUCAUAGUCUUUCUUAAGGUUACCUUGUUAUUUGAGAGGUUGAUGGCAAGUGGAAAACAAAUUAUUUAAGAGGUUGCUUGGCAGGUAAAUAGAUAAAUAGUUAAAAAAAAUGUGUUGCAGGCAAGUAUAUGCUUCAGUAGGUUGCCUCUUAAAAAAUCUGUUCAUUCUCCUCUGAUUGAAUACUGCUUGAGUUCUAAAUAGAUUGUCAUAUUUGCUUAUAAAACUACAGUCAUAUACUGUUGCCGUGUGUAAAAGAUUUCAGCCACUCAUGUGGUGAAGUGUGUUCAGAAUAUGUGUAAAAUUUAUUAUUACUCUUUUAUAACAGAAAGUGAUGCAUUAUUUUAGUCUAGUCAUUAUAUGCUUGGCGCGGAAAGGUUUGAUUUUGUUCACAUUUGUAAGCAUUCACAUUUACCACUCCAGAGCAGAAUUUUAUGCCAAGAAUAAGCUGUUCGAACAAAAAGUGGAUACGAGGAUGACCUGUUUUCCCUUUUCCUACCAGUGCAGACUUCGAGCCUUUCAGAAGCUAAAUUGAUACUACCCAAUGACUUAAUAGAUAAGGGUGUGUGAGGAAUCAGAAUCUAUUUGUGAAACGAAUGUUUGAUAUUAUAUUCUCAUCCUGUCUUUUUGUAACAGUUAUGCCUUUAUGAAUUACUGCCUUUUCUAAAGCCUUGUGCUGUCAGUUGCAAGAACCUUUGAAUGGAGAAUGUUGAAUCGGUGGUACUGUUAACUUGUAUCCUCCAAUAUCAAAAUGGUGAUUUGAUUUGAUUGAUUUCAAGUCAGCCACCCUACCUGCUAUUGUAGUACGACUGGUAACCAAGGAAUGUCCAUGAGAUGAACAUAGAAAGCUUCCAUCUUUCUUGAUUGGUCGACGGUGAAAAUGUUGGAACUUUUGAACUGAAAGUAUUCAUGCUAUUAUUUUGCAAUUUUAAUGGGAUGGAGAGAUUGUCAGCAAGCGGCAAGGGAAAAGGUGUGUGUAACUUGAAGAAACAGGUGGACUGUUUUUCUUUAAUAGUACAUUAAUCUUUGAAUGAUUUAGAGCAUGCAGUGUACAUCUUAGUUUUAUUUCUUGAAAGUUAAAAACA